GUGCUUCGACGUCAUCGCCUGUUACGGAAGUGAUUGUGCUGAUGGUAGCGGCCUCGUCAUCUGGGCAGCUGGAAGAAGAUGUUGGUUUCCUGUGAAUGAACACAUUUUAAACUUUACCAACGGGUCGAACCAGGGUGGUGCGUGCCUGUUGUGUGGCUGUGGAUCCAAACAUCCAACCAACGGCGGCAGAAAUUCGACAAUUUCGAUCCUACUGGCGAACAUGUCCCUGUUUCAGUCGGCACUGGAUUUCCUAGCCGGGCCUGGUUCCUCUGGGGCCGCCAGCCGGGACCAGAACGAUUUUGUUGGGCAGUUCGUUGAACUCGGUAACAUGAAGCUGAGGAUAAAGAGGGUGAUAGCCGAAGGUGGUUUCGCUUUCGUGUAUGAAGCCCAGGACAUGAGCAGUGGAAAAGAUUACGCACUGAAGAGGCUGCUGUCCAAUGAGGAAGAGAAGAACAAAGAAAUCAUACAAGAAGUCUGUUUCAUGAAAAAAUUGUCAGGUCAUCCAAAUGUAGUCCAGUUCUCUUCCGCUGCCUCUAUCAGCAAAGAAGAGUCGGACACAGGACAGGCAGAGUUCCUGAUCCUUACAGAGCUCUGCCAAGGUCAGCUGGUCGACUUUAUGAAACGAGUAGAGCAGAGGGCACCUUUGUCAUGUGACACAGUGUUGAAAGUGUUUUACCAGGCGUGCCGCGCUGUGGAGCACUUGCACAAACAAAAACCUCCAGUCAUUCACAGAGACCUCAAGAUUGAAAACCUCUUGAUUAGUAACCAGGGCACCAUCAAGCUUUGCGACUUUGGCAGUGCCACCACAGUGUCACAUUACCCUGACUACAGCUGGUCUGCACAGAAGAGGUCGAUGGUGGAGGACGAGAUCACAAGAAACACCACUCCAGCAUACAGGACCCCGGAAAUGAUUGACCUGUAUUCCAACUUUCCUAUAAAUGAAAAACAAGACAUCUGGGCCCUGGGUUGCAUCCUCUACUUGCUAUGCUUCAAGCAGCAUCCAUUUGAGGAUGGAGCCAAGCUGCAGAUCGUAAAUGGCAAAUACUCCAUUCCUCAGAACGAUGUCAAGUACACUGUUUACCAUGAACUCAUACGAUCCAUGUUGAAAGUCAACCCGGAGGAUCGGCUGUCUAUCACUGAACUAGUCAACCAUCUCCAGGAGAUUGCAGCAGCUCGCAAUGUGAACCCCAAGUCUCCAAUCACAGAGCUACUGGAGCAGAAUGGAGGUUUCGGCAACAACGGAGCUCAGCCCCCGAUGCAGUUCCACAACGUCCACAACAACGCAGGCAUCUAUGACCCUGAUCAGUCAGGCACUGGAAUCCUGGACAUCUUGAGAGGAGGCACUGAGAGGUUCCUUACCAACAUCAAGGACACGUCAUCUAAAGUCAUCCAAUCAGUAGCAAGCUAUGCCAAAGGAGACCUGGACAUUUCCUAUAUCACCUCCAGGAUUGCAGUCAUGUCCUUCCCAGCUGAGGGCGUGGAGUCAGCCAUCAAGAACAACAUUGAGGAUGUCCGGCUGUUCUUGGAUUCACGGCACGCUGGCCACUAUGCCGUGUACAACCUUUCCAAGCGCUCAUACAGGCCGUCGCGAUUCCACAACCGAGUGUCUGAGUGCAACUGGCAGUUGCGUCGCGCCCCAAACCUGCGCAGCCUGUACAGUGUGUGUAAAAACAUGCAUCUGUGGCUCAAGCAGGACCAGAGGAACCUCUGCAUCGUGCACUGCCUGGAUGGAAGGGCGGCCUCUGCUGUCGCAGUCUGCUCCUUCUUGUGCUUCUGUCGUCUCUUCACCACCGCAGAGGCAGCCGUCUACAUGUUCUCCAUGAAGCGUUGCCCGCCCGGCAUCGCCCCCUCACACAAGAGAUACAUUGAGUACAUGUGUGACAUGAUGGCAGAGGAGCCCAUCAUCCCUCACUGCAAGCCCAUCAGGAUCCGCUCCAUCAUCAUGACGCCUGUGCCGCUUUUCAACAAGCAGCGCAAUGGGUGCCGGCCAUUCUGCGAGGUUUAUGUUGGAGACGAGAGGGUCCUGACCACAUCACAGGAGUACGACCGAAUGAAGGAUUUUAAGAUGGAGGACGGGAGAGCAGAGAUUCCCUUGGAUGUGACAGUCCAAGGAGACGUGCUGGUGGUCAUCUAUCAUGCAAGAUCCACUUUAGGAGGACGACUACAGGCAAAGAUGGCCUCCAUGAAGAUGUUCCAGAUCCAGUUCCACACCGGCUUUGUCCCCAGAAAUGCUACCACUGUGAAGUUUGCAAAGUAUGAUCUGGAUGCCUGUGACAUCCAGGAGAAGUACCCGGACUUGUUCCAGGUGAACCUGGACAUUGAAGUGGAACCCAAAGACAGACCCAGCACCAAGACCCCCCCAUGGGACGGCUUCCAGACCAAGGGCCUCAACCCCAAGAUCCUCUUUUCGUCACGCGACGAGCAGCAGGAAAUCCUUAGCAAGUUUGGCAAACCAGAGCUGCCACGUCAGCCAGGGACCUCUGCGUUCUACGACUCUGAGGUGCCACAGUUGACCCAGCCUCCAACUAGCUCCCCUAUGACAGAACCAGAGUCACCUGCCAGCACUGACACCAACGCCAACAAUUUCUUCCAAACACUGGAUUGGGAAGACGUCAACAGUCCUCAGGAAGCACCAAACAUGCACGGAGGACGAUCCAUGGACGACCUGAGCGACCGGUCAGAGGAGGAGUCAUACUCUUAUUCCGCCCCCAGUGGCGAGCCGCUAUCUCGAGACCCCAGCGAGCCCUUAUUUGAUGCUGACUUCCAGGUAAGGAAGAGCAUUCCCCCUGCUGCUGAUGACUCCCUGUCUGGGGACACAGCAGACCUCCUGGGGUUAAACUGUGAAAACCAGCAAACACCAGCAGCCACCACUGGAGGUCUGAAAGCUGCCUCUAGUGACCUCCUCAAUGACCUGUUCACCCCUCCCAGUGGACAGAACACAGCUGUACAGGAAGACUUGUUCUUCAGUGGGCCGACCAGCGGGGCCGCCCAUGAUACCAAACCUACGGGCGACCUCUUUGACCCCUUCGGUAUGGGCUCUGACUCCAGCCCCGGCUCAUCACAACAAGCCUCGGGUCCGGACCUGUUUGGAGACUUGCUGGGAUCAGAUGGUUCCUCUGUGAGUGGCUUCGGGUCAGUUCACAAUAACACGGCACCUGCAGCCAACAGUAGCCUCUUCAACCUCAACAAGGUGGUGAAAGAUCCUCCCAAGAUGACGUCAUCGGCCAGUCAGCCGGACCUGCUUGCGGGUUGGGACAGUUGGACGGCUGGGACGUCGGUGGGCAUAAGCUCCUCCGCCAGCAAGCCCACACACACCACCACAGCUCCUGGAAUGUCAUCCAUGUCCAAAGCGAAGUCCCAAACGUUCGACCCAUUUGCUGAUUUAGGAAACAUCAGCUCCUCCUUGUCAGGGUCUAGCAGCGGUCACUUGUCUUUUGGUGGUAAGGCUGCACCAUCCUCCUCCUCUGCGAAGCCUCACGCCCAGCCCUGGCAGCAUGGAAGGUCUGGCACUGCACCGAUAAAGAACCCUCAGCCUGGACCCAAACCCACCCCCCAGCCUGCCGCCCCACCCCCAAAACCAAACUACAACCUCAACUUUUCCAGUGUGAUCGGAGGCAGGGAGGAGCGUGGUGUUCGAGGACCAGGAUUUGGCCCCAAACCGAAAGUGAAGGAGGACGAUUUCGAGGAUCUGUUGUCCACGCAGGGUUUCGCCUCCAAGCCCGACAGGAAAGGACCGCGGACCAUUGCAGAGAUGAGGAGGCAGGAGUUGACCAAAGACACAGACCCGCUCAAACUCCAGAUCCUCGACUGGAUCGAGGGGAAGGAGCGGAACAUCCGAGCCCUGCUGUCGACGCUGCACACUGUGCUUUGGGAGGGGGAGACACGUUGGUCCCCCGUCAGCAUGGCUGACCUGUUGACCCCAAACCAGGUGAAGAAGUUCUACAGGAAGGCUGUGCUGGUCGUCCACCCGGACAAGGCGACUGGUCAGCCCUACGAGCAGUACGCCAAGAUGAUCUUCAUGGAGCUCAACGACGCCUGGUCAGAGUUCGAGAACCAGGGUUCGAAGGCGCUCUUCUGAAAGUGGAUGCUUGAUUUUCACGCCAGGAUCUCGCCUGGGUUCUAUGAGACAGGACUGAGCCCACAUUGGGCCUUUAGGGGGCGCUGAGCCUCUGAGAGGUGUCCUCUCGAUCAUUCCCUUCUUUCUUAACACAAGUGGCUCCGGAACUCAUGGCUGACUGGUGCGACUGGUUGGCGCACAAUCAUGCGGAGUGUUGGAUGAUUUUAACUACAAGAAACAGCCUUCUUAGCAUGAGAAACCAUCGUGCAGUGGUCCGUAUCAAGGUAACCAACUUUUUUAAGACAUCCUGACACAAAAUGCUGCUUCUACCACCACUGUGACGCACACUGUCACGCACAGAGGAUGAAGGCAAACACCCUGUUUUAUCAAAAGUGCUCUUUCUUUUCGUGUCCAUCCUGACCAUGACGCGUCACCAGGAUCGUCCACUAGAGGGUGGUAGCUGAUCAAGUGCUCUUUUUGUCAUGUUACCGAAAACCAUCCCUUAAAAACGGCAUAAGCCCCGCCCCAUGAACGUUGGUUGAAUUAAAGAUGUAGGAAAGAUGGAUCCUGACACAGGUCGAUCAUUUUUGUCAUCAUCAUCAUCAUCAUCAUUGUUUGUUUUAACUCAAAGGAAGUGAAAUUCAGGAGAAACUUAUAAGUAGCACGACUGGUGUAAAAUGAGAGGACCAACAUGAACCUGGAGUUUGUUUUUAACUGCUUUCAGGGAUCACUUCUCUGUUUCGUUGGACGAUUCCACGAAAACACCAGUAUCAUAGUGUUUUGCAGAAAGUUGGCUUUCAUAGUUAGUUUUCAAAAGUGUUAACAAUCCUCGUGUACAUUCCAUCUCGCUAUAAUUAUGUUAACCUAGACGUUGGUCCUUUUUACAGCCUGAAAACGCGACACACGAGCGCUAAUUACGAUUCCAUAUUUUCAGUCUCCAGUCUGAAUGAGCUACAAAUUAAACACUUCCUCUCUUGUGUUUAUGCUUUUCUCAAGACAACAUCCCUCUCAUGUAAAUAAGUAUUUGUUUGAAGGAAUCAUUUUGUGGAAGAGUUUGUGUUUGAUACCUUUUUGUUUAUACCUCACGGACCAAUCACAUCACGUGUUUAUUUAUUACUCGGGUGCAGGUGAAACGUUAACGGCACAAGUAUAGAUCCAGAUAAUAUAUAAGUAGAAUGUGUGCGGAGGUUCUCGGAUGAAUCAUGUGGUUCCAAAGCGUCUUACAAAAACAUGAAUGUGCUUUUUAUGAAGCGAUAUAUAUCCUCGUUCUCCCUUUUUUUAUUUGUGCGUCUGUCGCGACUUGAUUUGCAUUUUAAGAAGUUCCAUUCUGCUGUUCUCCUUGUUGCUGUGAAGAAUCAUAUCAACAGCAUUUAACUCGAUAAAAUAUGAAUGUUAAUUUCAAUGCUAAAACAAAUGAUUAAAAUUCUUUAUCUACUGA